GUAGCUUAUUGUCACCCUCGUCUCCAAAUUAUGUUGUUUGGACAGAUUCAAGCUUACUCCGUAGUAAAUAUCGAACUUCCUCAUUUUACCCCUUCAUCGCUCAUUAUCUCUUUCUCGCUUGAGGUAAAUUUAGUAUCCUUUAAGCCGCCACCGGUGAGCUUAAAAUCAUGUUGUGAUUGUUUCGUCAUCUCAGAUCUGGACUGCCAGUCAUUCACUAAUAACACCUAAACACCUGUACAAGCAAUCGUUUCGAUGGUUUUCUUCCAUUUUUGGACCUGCUUAUCCCCUACAUGAAAUUGCAAUGCAUUUCUCUCUUCUUUGAACUUCAUAAAUACAUCCCAUCGGCCGAAAGCUGAAUUACCUUGUUGUCCUGGCAUCUCAACCUGUAAAAUGCGCUAAUUGUGUAGAUCGCAAUAAUCAAGCUUUCUCAUCUAGUGCAUUGAAACAACAACCGACGAAUAUUUCCGAUUUCACAUCUGAAAUAGGAAGCUCACCAACCAUCCAUACAUACACCUUACACCAUUUUCAUCGUAUAUCUUUCCUUCCAAGAGAUAUCACAGUGCGACUAAACAGAGGAAAAGCUUGCGAGCAAUAUCAAAUGAUCAAUUAAGAUAUCAUCAUCAUCGAAUAAGACGUUAGGAAAGACAUUGUCAAAAGACGAUAUCAGUCCCCUCGUAUCCAACCAUAUCUGAUUGAACAAUCUACAACAUUGUCCCCAGUCUAUUUCGGUUUGGUCAUAAGGACACAAGCAUUCCCCCCUUCGUCCUCUUUAAAAUCUGCUCCACCUUCCAAGUUAGAGGGCCUUCUCGAUAGAGCAGAACAAACGAGUUUUCUUUCGUUUAACAGAGAGUCUAUCAGAUGGAGAACGAAAAAUACUUGCAUGGUCGGUUGGAUCCCGGCAUCGAAUCGAAUGUACAGUUAGUCGAGGCAGUGGAAAGUCCGGACAUGAGCAAUUUCUUCUCUUCCCAGGAAGCAUCAUCCUCCGAAUCAUCUCAAAUCAAAAAUACGGCAUUUCCGGGUAUCGGACCUCUCAAGGAAUCCCAGCUCAAGCUAACCCACCUUCCGGUUGAGAUACUUCGCCAAGUUUCUUCCUAUCUUUCGCCGUGCGAUCUGAUAAAGUUUGGCAAAUCGUGCAAAAUCUUGUAUGAAAUCACAGAAUCUGAUUCACUCUGGCGGCGUCUCGUACAAGAAAAUGUUCCCGGUAUCAAGCUUAAUUCUCCUUCCCCAUGCGAGUCUUUCAAAAAGCUAUACCAAUCUCAUGACCCUCACUGGUUCCUCACCAAGAACAAGGUAUGGUUUGGCGAUUCCGAUUACUACGGGCAGCUCAUGAUCUCUAAAUACAAUCCUGAGACUGGAUCUAUCGGGUUAUACAGACUUCUGACGCAAAGGCCAUCACCUCAAUUUUGUGCUUGGAAAGAUGAUAUCUCAGUCGUGAUUCAUUGCUUUAAUCCCAGAACGCUUUUAGCUACUAGUCCUCAGCAACUAGACGUCCAUUCUUAUUCGCACCGAUCCCUAUCAGAUAUGGGUCAUGCCGAACGCAGGCUCAAGGGCGAGGUACCGCUAAAAAUGCUGGAGCGCGGAAAUUCUACUCGGGAUUGUCCUUCGAGGUUUUUGCUAUCAAAAUUGUUAGUGGGUAAUAAUCCCAACAGGCCGCAAGCGAAUAAAUGGCCGCCGCCAAAGAUUGCAGCAAAAGUUCGAGCAGAUCGUCCUACCAUUUACGAUAACUCAUGCACAGCUACAUGGGGUCGACCCGAGAAUCGUUCUCAGAUUAAUGAGAAAUCAUUUCGAAUUAGAGGUUGGAUGGAGAUGAACGGCCUGGUACAAAUAGGAGAUCAAAUCCAAACAUACUCAACUCUUGAUUUUGAAUUGUAUACACCAACAGAGGAUAAGCCUUAUAGAGGUAUCUUUGUCGGGGACUACUCAGGUCAUGGAUGCGAAUAUCUACUGUUAGAUCAGCGAGAUGGACUUCAGAAACAGGACGAGUCGACCAUAUUAAAGUUAAAAGACGAAUCGCACGAAGCGUGGGAAGCAAGAAAAGGGCAAACACGAAUUCCCACGGGUUCUCUAUGCGCUAUUAAAUUGACUGGAGAUCCAAAUAUACCUCGAGGGGAAGUUACAUGGGUCGCCGAUGAUAUUAGUGACAAGGGAUUGGUCCGCUAUGGGGAGAAGGAUUGGCCUGGUGCAAGAAUUGUGAAGAGUCGCGGUCAAAUUGCCAAUCAAGGAUAUAAAAAUCCAAAAUUUAUCGAAACGGAACUGAUAAUGAUAUCUCCAGACGUAUUGGCACAGCACUGGGUACCUUUUGGACAUAUCUCUUUCUUUUACAGAGUAGACAUUGAUAGCUACAUAAACCAAUAGCUGGGAAUUUAUAAGGAGACGCAUAAUCUGGGGGAAUGACAAGAUAUAUGUCAUAUCUUGAAGAUAGUCUAGAUGGCUGAACUGAAUUUGACAUGAUACCAAGUGCGGAGCGCGAUGAUUAGAAGAAACGGCACAUCAAACUCGAAUGAACUACCUAGGACUCUGGGGACCAUCUGAUAAUAAGUUUCAAUCUUGCCAUUCGAAUCAGACAGUCAGAUAGUACUUCAGUAUCAGAUGAUGCAUCGAGCAUUUCAUUGCGUUCAUUGCGUUCAUCGCGUAGUGUGGGUGGAGUUUUGAAUUGUAACACACCAGGAGUUCGAAGGAUUGGAUCUAUUCUGGGACACUGUUAUUGCUUUGUUUCUUUGUACAUAAAUCGAUACGUAGCUACCUAUUAUAAUAACAAUUCAUAACAUUAUUCACGGGA